AUGUCCAACCAUGAACAGGCGCUACAGUGGAUAUCCGCCAUGGAUAAAAUCCGCGAAAGUUCGUUCAACCUCGGCCCCGACGGCGUCGAAUCCUGGCUCGAAGACGUCAAACGCGCCGCAGACCAUUGGGGAAACAACCGCAUCCCGCCCGACAUCAAGAAUGCGACCAACGUAACCGAAGACACCUGGGCAAGCCGUGGAAACUCUGUCACUCCUGUUUUCCGCCACAGCAUUCCGAAGUAUGUGAAUGCUGUGCGUGAAUUCACACACAGCGUCAAGACGAGCACCUUUCACCAUUCGUACAAAGCCAAGAACGGAGACCUCCAAUCUGGUGAAGGCGUCCCACGCAAUCGCAUGACCGCACACAAACGCAACAAACUCGAAUUCGUGGAAAUCACUUAUUUUCAGCUCGAUGGCACUCCCUUCACCAUUCGCACCACCACCAUACAGAGCGGUUAUUAUUGGCAUAUGUGGAUCAGAAGCUUUUGGGAAAGGCUCUCCGAAAUCCUCGAUGCACCCUACGAUGAGAAGAACAACCACUACCGUCGCCAUCUAGUCGCCCUAAAUGCAGAAGUGCAAGAGCGUGGCCACGGAUUCUUCCCUGAGAGCGUCCGCGCCGUCAUUCAUGAACUCCAGGACCGCUUCGACGAACCCCGCACUCAUUUUGACCCUGUUGUAAAUGCAACACCUUAA